GGCUGACCACGCUGACGUAACUCAAGACGGGGACCUUUUACAUAAUGUUACAUGAAAUUUCUUAAUAUUUUUGUCCACCCCCGCAUCAGCAGGCAUCAGCGCUGCAGCUCGCGUCAGUCGCAUCAUACGAUAUGUCGUUCACUUAGCCAGGCCCGUAAUUUCAAACGGUAACGAAAUGACACUCGGUGUCGAGGACGAAGCUCGGCCGAGUUGCCAAUCAAACCAGACAGUAUCAAAAUCAAUUGCAUGUACGGUUGAUGAGUUAGUGAAAUUCUCGAGUGGUGAAAGAGACAGAUUCAUCGGACGAGGACAACCAACUCACUUUGUAGGAAGUUUCUCCCGCUCCGCCUUGCGUCUGUGUUGGUUUUCUUGUGCCCCAGUUGCAGCUUGGCCUUGUGCAGCUGACAUGUCGGCGCACGGAGGGAGUAGUAGACAGCCAGGCGAGCGUGAGAGACUCGCAGAGAUGGAGGUAAAGAUCUUGAUGCGACAGGCAGGCAUGAUGGACGUUAACGUUGAUGGUGGGCCGGAUGAUAAUGACACUGAUCAGACUUUGUCACAUAGUCAGCCUGCACAGACCUUAGACAAGCCAAAUCCCGCACUAGUUUCUGAUUCGAAUCAGCAAGUUGCACUGCCGGUUCGGAGCCUGCCGCUGGACUUUAUUGAUUUCUUGAGGGGACUGUUACAUUGGCGACUAGUUGUCCGUCGUACGUUGACGUUAAUACAUGUCUUGAAGGAAGCACCGCCGUCCCUAUUGCCAGGCCCAGAGAUUAGAUUCAUCACAAAGCGUCCAAACAAGUGCCUAUAGAAACAAGGUGAGUACUAAUAUGCAAAAGCACACAUAGAAUCCGCGAAGUGCAGGAGCGGUAGUAUCGAUCGGCACUAGAAGACG